CAAGUUUUUUAUAUUCUUCUCUGAGCUGUUUAUUCUAGUUAGCAUCUCAUCUAACCUUUCUUCUACAUUCUUAGUUUCUUUGCAUUGGGUGAGCACAUGUUCUUUCAGCUCUGAGAAGUUUGUUAUUACCCACCUUCUGAAGCCUGUUUCUGUCAAUUCAUCAGAUUCAUUCUCCAUCCAUCUUUGAUCCCUAGCUGGUGAGGAGUUGUGAUCCUUUGGAGGAGGAGAGGCGUUCUGGUUUUUGGUGUUUUCAUCCUUUUUUGCACUUGUUUCUUCCCAUCUUAGUGGCUUUAGCUACCUGUGGUCUUUGUAGUUGGUGACUUUUGGGUGGAGUUUCUGAGUGGACACCCUUUUUGUUGAUGAUAAAGUUAUUUCUUUCUGUUUCUUAGUUUUCCUUCUAACAUUCAGGUACCUCUGCUGAAGGACUGCUAGAGGUCGACUCCAGACCCUGCUUGCCUGGGGAUUGCCUGCAGGGGCUGCAGAACAGUGAGCGUUGCUGCUGAUUUGUUCUUCUGUUAUCUUCGUCCCAGAAGGGUACUGCCAGAUAUUGGCCAGAGCUCUCCUUUAUGGGUUGUCUCUUUGGGUAUAUGCAGGUUGGGGAGCUGCUUGAGGAGACAGUCUGUCCCUUAUAGGAGCUCAAGUGCUAUGCUGGAAGCUCCAUUGUUCUGUGCAGCAUUUCUGGGCAGGUACUUUUAAUUCUGCUGCAGCAGAACUCAUAACCACCUCUUUUCCCAGGUGCUCUGUCCUAGGAAGAUCGGCUUUAUUUAUAAGUUUCUGUGAUGCUGCUGCCUUUUUUCAUAGAUGCCCUACCCUGCAUGGAGUAGUCUAGUCACAGUCUGCCAGCAGAGGUGUUGCUGAGCUGCCACAGGCUCUGUCCAGCUGCUGUGUGAACUGCCUCCAUAGUGGUGAUAGCUGUUCCUCCCACUGAGCUGGACCAUCCUGGGUCCAGCUGCACUUGCUGUGAAACUCUCAGUCUGGAGCAUUUCAGAUUGCUUGUUUUGUGGGGGUGGUACCCGCCGAGCCAGAUUGCCUGUCUUCCUGUCUCUGCCCCUUCCCUUCCAGUUGAAUGGGCAACUCUGUUUCCCAGGCAUUCCAGACGCCAUUUGAAAUGGCCGCCUAGAUUUGUGUGAGUUUUUGUGUGCCAAGCCGGCACCGGCUGAAACUGCUGUGCUGAAAACUCAUGGCACUUUUCGGCCCGGGAAUCUCCUGGUCUGUGGGUAGUGAAAAUUUGUUUGGAAAUGCAGAGGGCACUCACCCUCUGUGUUGUUCUUGCUGGGAACUGUACUCCGGAGCUGUUCCUAUUCAGCCCUGUUGGAUCCUCAUUUUUCUACUCAUUCUCUUAUCACACAUUUACCUAAUGCCACAACAGUAGUUUUAACAUGUGUGUGUUUAUAUAGAAAAACAAAGCCUCACAAGCCAAUAAAAUUAAAAUUUUAAAAUGCUGAAAGAAAAUAAAUAUCAAUGUAGAAUUCCCAACAAAAAUAUCAUUCAAGAAUGAAGAUGAAAUGAAGAAGCCAUAUUGUGACAAUAAAUACAGAAAACGUGUACUGUCAGCAUACUUGGUUUAAAAUAAAUAAGAAAAGCCACUCUUCAAGCAGAAAGAAAAUGAUCUCAGAUGGAAAUGUGGAGAUGCAAAAUUAAUGAAGAAUACCAGAAGGGAUAAAUGAGUAGGUUUGUAAACAUUAAAUACACAAAACAAUAGUAAGAAUGGAUUAUGACAUUUAAAAUAUUUAUGGAAUUGAAAACAAACCCCCAAAUAAUGCAAAAGCUGGAGGGGUAAAUGGACUUGAAGUGUUGUGAAGUUCUAGCAUUACCAUGGAAGUAGUAGAAAUUAUCAUUUGAAUAGGAUUGUAGUAAUCAAGGAUGUAUAUUGUAAUCUCAAGAUUAAAAACUAUUGCGAGUAUGUUAUAAAUUAAUCAAGAGAAACUAGGAUAAUCAAAAUCUGAUCAUUCCAUGAUUUUUUUCCAGUCUUAAUAUUGGCAGUGAUCAAUUUUGAAAGAUUAAAAUUAUUUUUAUGGAACAUUGCAUCUAACAAUUACAGAGCUGAUAUUGUUUUCAUGCGCACAUAGAAUAUUUGCUAACAUUGACCAUAUACUGAGCCAUAAAUGAAACCUCAAGAGAAGCCGAAGGGCUGACAUGAUUUAAAGUAUGUUCUCUGUCCACAAUGGAAUUAAGCUAGAAAUAAGUAACAAAAAAGUAACUGGAAAAUGUUCAGUAACUAGACCUUAAACCUGACACUUCUAAAUAGUUCAUCAUCAAAGAAUAGAUCACAAUAAGAAUUAAUAUUUUGAACUAAAUGACAAAGAAUAUAUGACCUAUCGAAAUUUAUGGCAUGAAACUAAAGAGUGCUCAGAGGGAACAUUAUAACCUGAAAUGCUAUAUUAGAAAAGAAGAAAAACUGACCGUCAGUGAUGUCAAGAAGCUAUACAAAAAGAACUCUAAAUCAAACUUAAUGCACCAGGAAGGAAAUAAAAAAGGCAUUUUAAAAAAUUUAUACUUUACCAUAUUUAUAAUUGAUUUAAUAUUUUUGAACAUGGACAUGAUACAGAAUUAAAGCAACUGUGUUACAACCUGAAGACAUAUGAAAUGAAAACAUCUUGAAGUAUGAGGAAUGAAAGCAUAGGGAUGUCCUCCUAGAACUCCGAGAUGCUAAGUAUGUAAAAUGAAUGUGUAACAAGUCCUCUUGCAACCUCCACUUAGACCUUGGAGAUCAUGAGUGUGAAAAACGAGUUCUCACACAGUCAACUGGCUGAGUAAGUGCCAACAGCAUCAAACAUCCAGAUUCUGUUGUGUGAAAAAGAAUAAACUCAUACUUGAAAAAAGUAGAAAAAGUCCCACAGGAAGCAUCUUACUCAGUGGUGAAAGAUAGAAAACUUUCCUUGGAUCUCAGGAAUGAGACAGGUAUGUCUGUUAUUCACUUCUUUCAGCAUUGGACUGAACAUCUUAGCCAGUAUAAUAAGGCAAGAAAAAGAAAUAAGAGAACCUAAUGAUUGGAAAUCAAAAAUCAGAACUGUCAUUGUGAUAUCAUCAUAUUCAUAAAGACAUCCAAAGGAAGCCACAACCUAUUGGACCUAAUUAAUCAAUUAGCAAGGUAGCUUGGUACAAAGUCAACAUACAGAAAGCAUUUAUGUAUCUACAUUCCAGCAACAAACAAGGAGGAAGUAACAUUUAAAGUGAUAUCAUGUAAAGUAUUAAAAAAACAGCUACCCAGGAAUAAAUCUAGUAAAAGAUAAAUCAAGGAAGACCUAAAUAAAGAGGGUGAUAUACCAUGUUUAUAGAUUGAAAGAUUUAAUAUUGUAAAGAGGUCAAUUCCCCCAAAAUUGGUGCAUAUAUUUAAUAUCAUCCCAAUUAAAAUCCAGAGGCUUUGUUUUAGAAAUUGACAAGCUGAAUUUAAAAUUUAUAUAGGACUGCAAAGAUCUAAGAAUAGUGAAGGCAACUUUGAAAAGCAAAAACAAAGUGGGAAAACAUACACCACCAGGUAUAAAGGUGUGCUAUAAAACUAUAGAGAUUAAGAUAAGACAGAUUUAGGGUAAGAUAAGAAAUAGACCAAGAGAACAGAAUACAGCAUCCAGAAACACACCUACACAAAUACAGUCACAUGGUUUAUAGCAAGUUGCUACUGUGGUGCAAUAGGACAAAAACCAUAUAAAUGGUUCUGGGUCAGCUGGAAGCCCAUAUAGAAAAUCAUGUAUUUUGACUCCUACCUUAUGCUAUGUGAUAAUCAACUCCAAAUGGAUUGCAGAUCUUAAAUGAGAAAGGUAAAGCAAUAAAGUUUUUUAGGGCUGUCCGGCCCCGUCCCGCCAGCCAUGAACUCCACGCAGUUCAACAAGGGCCCCUUGUAUGGGCUGUCGGCCGAGGUCAAGAACCAGCUCCUGUCCAAGUAUGACCCUCAGAAGGAGGCAGAGCUCCGAAGCUGGAUCGAGGGACUCACUAGUCUCUCCAUCGGCCCCGACUUCCAGAAGGGCCUGAAGGACGGGAUUAUCUUAUGCACACUCAUGAACAAGCUACAGCCAGGCUCAGUCCCCAAGAUCAACCGCUCCAUGCAGAACUGGCGCCAGCUAGAAAACCUUUCACACUUCAUCAAGGCCAUGGUCCGCUACGGCAUGAACCCCGUGGACCUGUUCGAGGCCAAUGACCUGUUUGAGAGUGGGAACAUGACGCGGGUACAGAUGUCUCUUCUCGUCCUGGCAGGAAAGGCCAAGACUAAGGGGCUGCAGAGCGGAGUGGACAUUGGCGUCAAGUACUCGGAGAAGCAGGAGUGGAACUUCGACGACGCCACCAUGAAGGCCGGCCAGUGCGUCAUCGGGCUGCAGAUGGGCACCAACAAAUGCGCCAGCCAGUCGGGCAUGACCGCGUACGGCACAAGGAGGCAUCUCUAUGACCCCAAGAACCACAUCCUGCCCCCCAUGGACCACUCGACCAUCAGCCUCCAGAUGGGCCCCAACAAGUGUGCCAGCCAGGUGGGCAUGACGGCUCCCGGGACGCGGCAGCAUAUCUAUGACACCAAACUGGGAACCGACAAGUAUGAUAACUCCUCCAUGCCCCUGCAGAUGGACUACACCCAGGGCGCCAACCAGAGCGGCCAGGUCUUUGGCCUGGGCUGGCAGAUAGACUACCCCAAGUAAUGCCCGCAAGGCACAGUAGCUGACAGGGCUCCCUCUGAUGCUGGCGACUGCCCGGCCCCAGGGGAGGUCCCUGAAUAUCCCCCUUACCACCAGGAGGAGGCGGGCUACUGAGGCUCCCAGCAUGCUCUCUCCCCACAUCGUCUCCCCAUCUCCCCGUCUGGGUUUUUCUGUGUUUUCAUCUUUUUUGUUUGUUUGUUUGAGACGGAGUUUCGCUCUUGUUGCCCAGACUGGAGUGCAAUGGCGCGACCUCGGCUCACUGAAACCUCCGCCUCCUGGGUUCAGGCAAUUCUCCUGCCUCAGCCUCCCGAGUAGCUGGGAUUACAGGCACACGCCACCAUGCCCAGCUAAUUUUUGUAUUUUUAGUAGAAACGGGGUUUCACCAUGUUGACCAGGAUGGUCUCAAUCUCUUGACCUCGUGAUCCACCCGCCUCAGCCUCCCAAAGUGCUGGGAUGACAGGUUUGAGCCACCGUGCCUGGCCCUGUGUUUUCAUCUUUUGUUAUUAACCUGUCGAGUGCUGCCAACCAGCCGAGGGUCUGUGAGUGGUUCCUGGGAUCAGGCAGCAGGGCUUUCUCCCCCUUGCCUUGGUCCUUCCCAGGACUGAUCCACUGGGCUCGGGGCGGGGGGGAAGGGGUCAAGGUUGUAUCCUGAUACCUGUAGGGUCAGGGUCCCUGCUGGCACAUCCAGGCUGUGGGCCGAGCUGUGCUGGGGAGGAGAGGCCUGGGCUUGGAGGGAACGGGUCCCUGAAGAUUUCUGGUUGCCUCCUCUCUUCUCACUUUUGUCACCCGAUCAGUUUGUGGUUUCUGUACCCGCAAAAAUUUCAGGAAGUAUUAACAAAAGAAAAAUACUCCCCCCUACCACCGCCGCCAAGGAAUGGGGCGGGGACAGUGGGGAGGGUGCUGGGCAAUGAGUCCCCUGGAAAGGGGGCCUGGCCACGAUGUUGAACGUCUCAGGCUUCCAAGUGGCUGGAUUUCCCUCCGACCCUCAGACCUGCCCCGGGGCCUGGUGGGGAAAGUGAGGCCUGUACAAGGAAGCGGACUUCUGAGUUGUUGGGGCCAGUGACCCCGUCUCCUUGCUACCCCGCCCUUCCCUUAGCCUCAGUGGGUUUUUUUCAGUUGUUGCUGUUACACAGGCUGGAGUGCCGUGGGGCAAUCUUCACUCACAGCACCUCCACCUCCCGAGCUCAAUGGAUUCCCCUGCCUCAGCCUCCCACAUAGCUGGGACUGCAGGUGCUCCACCAUGCUGGCAAAUUUUUUUAUUUUUGGUAGAGACAGGGUUUCACCAUGGUGGCCGGGAGACUGCUCCAUCUCCUCGGGCAACACACCCCGCCAAGUACUGCACCGGAACGCUCACCCCGGGGCCCUGCUCCAUGAGAUAAUGUGAAACUCAACUGUGGACCAAACGCAAUAAAACCUCUGUUUGUGAGAAGAAGAAGAAAAAAAAAGUUUUUUAGAAGAAAACAUCGGUGAAUAUCUUUAUCAUCUUGGAGUAGGCAAAAAUGCAUUGAAAAGAACAAAAAUACUGAAAACCAUACAGAAAAAAACCAGCUAAGAUUGGAUUAUAUUAAGAAUUUUUCCUUAUCAAAAGAUACCACAGGCUGGGCAUGGUGGCACACACCUGUAAUCCCAGCACUUUGGGAGGCCAAGGUGGGCAGAUCACUUGAGCCCAGGCAUUUGAGACAAGCCUGGGCAACAUGGCAAAACCCCAUCUCUACACACACACACACACACACACACACACACACGCACAAAUACAAAAAUUAUCCUGGUGUGGUAGUGCAUGCCUGUAGUCCCAGCUACUUGGGAGGCUGAGGUGGAUGGAUUGCUUGAGCCUGGGAGGUCGAGGCUGCAGUGAACCAUAAUUGUGCCAUUGUACUCCAAUCUGGGUGACAGAGCAAUACCCUGUCUCAAAAUAUAUAUAUACUACAAGGAGGAUGAAAAAGCAGACAAAAUUGGAGGAGAUGUUUGCAAUACAUAUACUCAACAGAAACUCAUAUCUAGAAUGUAUAAAGAGCUCUAUAAAUCAAUGUGAGAGAGACAGACAACUUAAUUGAAAAAGGGGGAAAACUUGAGUAGGCACUUCUUAAAAGAUGGUAUUCAGAUACCCAGUGAACACACAAAAUAUUGAACUUCAUCAGUCAUUGGUAAAUUAAAAUAAAAUCAACAAUUAGAUAAAAGGGUACACCCAUCAAGAACGGCUAAAAUAUAAAAGGAAGAUGAUAUCAAGUAUCAGUAAGAGUGUGGAACAACUAGACUCUUAUUUAUUACUGGUCUGGAUACAAAUAGGUAUAAUUAAUUUGGAAAAUACUGCAGUGAACAUAGGUAUAUGAACAUAUGUCUACCCUCUCACCCUGUGACUUAGCAGUUCUACUCUUAAUGAUAUGCCAAACAGAAUUUUGUAUAAAUUCACUAAAAGAUACAUGCAAGAAUGUUCACAGAAGCACUAUUCCUAAGAAUCCAAGCUGGAAACACCCAAAUCCAUUAGCAAUAACACUGAUAAAUAAAUGGUGGUGUUUAUUCUCAGAGUAGAAUAGUAGAAAGCAGUGAGAAUGAAUAAAGCAUAAUUAUAAGCAACGAUAAGAAUUGUCGAAGAUGAAAGUCUGAAACAAAAUGAACAAAGGCUUCAUCAACCUAUGACAAAAGGACCCAUCUAUGAUCGUGCUUAUUUUAUUAGCAGUUCAAAGGUGGUAGAAAGGGGAGUUAGUUUCCAAACAGCUAAAAAACAAAGAACCUCUGAUUGGCAAGCAUUCUAUUAUGGUAGAAUUUUUGGAAGCAGAUGAGACUUUCUAAUGGGCCUUCAGGUACUUUGACCAUCCUUGGUGAACGUCAAGAGGCAUAGCUCCCUACUGCCUGACAGAGGAAGUUCCACUCCUAUCAAAUGGCCUAAAAGCCCACCAUGCCCUGGCCCUGCUCUCCUGUCCCUUCCUCUGCUCUCCUGGGGCACCAGCAUCCUUUCUGUCCUCCAAGUGCUAUGGGCCUUCUUUCUUCCAUCUGUGAGAUGCUUAUCUUCAGUGGCAGAGAAUGACAGUAUCGGGUAAUUCCAGAAAGGAGUAUGAAAUUAAAAACUGAAUUAAACUAUGAAAGAAAGCAUAUAAGGCAAGAAUUUGGCUAGAUUGAAGGGUUAGGAUGGGCUUUUUACAAUUUGGUUUACAGUCUGAAUAAUUUAAAGACGGACAGAGGAGGAGAGAAGAAGAGGAGUUCAGACAGUUGCGACAGUAUGUGCAAAGGCCCUGGGGCAAGAGAGGAUAUAAACAGUAUCAGGAAUGGAAAGAAAGAACACAGAAAACGCAAGGCAAGCAAGGGUCUCAUAGAAAGUGAUGAGGAUUUUGUUAAUACUGAGAUAGCACAAUACUUAAAGACGACUUAAAAUAAGAGCUAUUUUAAGCAGGGAUGACAUGAAAAUAUUUCAUUGGAAAAGUAAACUCUUGACUGCAAGAUAGAUGGGGGAGCAAUUUAGAUGCCAGGGGCCUGAGAGAGUGAACUGGGGUGUUGGCAGGGAGGUGGAGAGAGUUGGAUACAUUCUUGAAAAAUGCGGGAGUUAAAACUGACAGAACUUGGUGAUAGAUUCAAUAUAGGGGAGGGUGUUAGUCCAUCUUCAUACUGCUAUGGAGAAAUGCCUGAGACUAGGUAACUUAUAAAGAAUAGGAGAUUUAAUAGAUUCACAGUUUCGCAUGGCUGGGGAGGCCUCACAAUCGUGGCAGAAAGUGAAAGAGGAGCAGUCAUGUCUUACAUGACGGCAGGCAAGAGAGCAUGUGCAGGGGAACUGCCCUUUACAAAACCACCUGAUCUUUUGAGAUUUAUUCACUAUCACGAGAAUGACAUCGGAAGAAUCUACCCCAUGAUUUAAUUACCUCCCACUGGGUCCCUCCCAUGACACAUGGGGAUUAUGGGAGCUACAAUUUAAGAUGAAAUUUGGGUGGGGACACAGCCAAAGCAUAUCAGGGAGGAAAAGAAGGUGGGACACCCAGAGUAACACUGGGAUUUUGGCCUCUCUGUGGAUGGCAGUACCCUUCCUGGGGCGGGGCCUCUGGUGGACUGCCAUGUCAGCAUGUAGAGCGGAAGGCAUGAAUCUGUUCUUUUAAGGCAAGUUAAAUUUGAGAUGUCACGGAGACAUUAUUAAGUAGAGGGGUCACGUAGGCAGGAGGAUAUGAUGUAGCUUUGCAGUUCAGAAGAUAGUUCUGAGCCAUAGAAACAAUUACGAUUCAGACCUAAGUAGUGGAUUGGUAUUCUUAUUAUUAUCUUUUUAAUUUGAGAAUUAUUACUUGGCUUUCAUUUCCUUUUUUCCCCACCCUCUCCUUUUCUUUGGAGGACUUAUUUUUAUUUUUUCUCUACUUCCCUCUUAUCGUCUUGUGCUUCUCUUGACUGAGAGGUUUCCUACAUUCUUCGCCUCUAUCUCGGGAGGAUAUAGCUCCUGCCUCUGUUGUCUCUCUUGCUGUAUCAGCCUCAGGCUUUAUCUGUUGAAAAACAGACAGCAAAGUGAACUGCAGUUACAAGUCAUUUGGAAAAUGAAUGUGGGAAACAGGUUGCUAUUCUGGGUGUUGAUAAUUGUCCAGGGCAAAGGAAGGAGUUGUGGCUGAGCUGCUUUUCUUGUUAAGGCAAUGCUAAUGCACCUCUCUCCACAGCCCUGGGCUCGAACUGGUGACUCUCAGAGGAAGAAUGUGGUUUGUGAUCAAUUCUGGCUUCUAGUAGGUAUUCAGACAGAGCUGGUGGGAACAAGAGGGGAGAAGAGAAGGUGUGAGAUGAGGGUUUAUUUCCAAGCACAUAGAAAAGCACCUGAGAAUCAUUUUCACGACAAGUCAGUCAGAUGAACCAGAAUCAUAGAAUGAGCUGUUCUUUCAAAAUAAACUCUACUGGGCAGUAUAAAUUUAAACAGGAAACUCAAAACCUCUUUGGGCUAGAUCUGAAUACUGAGGGCAAGCAGGGCCUACAGUAGGAAAAGGAUUCCAUACUUCAAUGGGCAGAAUUUUCUAAAACAAAACAAAACAAAAACUGGUAAGUUGGUGCUUAGUUCCAAUGUUUUAAAAAUUAAAAGUGGGGGUACUCAGGAAGACGUCCCUGUAUUGUUCAACAGCUAAUAUUAUAAACAACUGAGGCAGAGAGAAAAAAAAUGUGCAGGUCACUUUUCUUGGCAAGUCUAUCAGGUUGGCCUCCACUCUGGAAAGUUAAAUUAUGGCUGUUUUACCCCCUUCCCCCAAAAUUCGUGCAGUCAGGUGUGAUGAUCAGGGUAUAACUUUGGGUCCAGUCAUGACUUGAUUCUUUCUGGGGUGGGGAUUGUCUGUGUGACUGUGACAGCCAAGUAGAAACUCAGUAUCUCUUAGAGACUCAAGAUUUUAUUUUUGUCAUUGGUAAGAUCUCAUUUGUUAUAUUCCCAAAUCAACUUAUCAAUCAACAUUGUUAGACCAGUUUGCAACCUUUACUGAGAUUAUUUUUCCGUUAAGCUUCUUGGGUGUGAUGUAGGUGUUCAAUGCAAAAAGAUACAUACACAUUUGAAUAUCUUUAUGUGUGCGAUCAAUGGUUAGUGAUUACUGGGGGCUAGGCCUUGUUCUAAGUGAUUACAGGGUGUUAUAUUACGUUUACAUUACUUCUUUAAGGUUGAUGCUUUUAUGAUUCCCAUAUUAUGGAUGAAUAAAUAGUGGCAUAGAUGGGUCAGGUAGUUGCCUGGCUGAGGUCACAGAACUGUAAAUGUUCUGGAGCCACGGUUUGACCCAGUGCUGUCUACCCCUGGCACCUGCUAUCCUUACCUCUAAACCUCUUCAUGGAAGAAUAAACAUUUUAA